CUUUUGAUUUACAAGAUAUAGUUUUAGCUGUUAAUGCAAAAACUUGUUUCAUUCCUCGUACACGCUCUCGUUAUGAAAGAGCCAGAUAUGCCUACGUCUCCUUUGAAAGUGAAGAGAAAAUGCAGGAAGCAUGUGUAACUUCCUUUGGUAUUAAAGGUAAUGAGGUUUUUUGGGCAUUGGAAAACCAAAAAACAUGUCAUAAAUGUGGUUCUCCAGACCACAUGAUAGCUGAGUGCAAAGAGAAAAUUCACAAUGAAGAACUUAAAAAUAUCAAAAAAAAUACAUUUGGCAGUCAUUCCAAUACACCUAAUACCUCUAGUAAUAAAGAAAGAACACAAAAUACACAACUGCAACAAUUAUUUAGCAAUAUAGAGUCAAAAUUACAAAGUGUCCAAGAAACACUAAAUGUUCUAAACAACAGGAUAAAUAUAAUUGAAGAAAAAAUAGGCAUAAAGAAAGUCAUUUUACUGCCCAACCAAAACCAAACAAAAAAUCCUAAAACAACGCAUAACAUACAACAUACAGGACGUAAUAUAAUCAAACACGCACCAUUCAAAAACCAAAAUAAUGAAACUCAAAAAACAAUUCUCAAAAGAGUACAUGAUAUUUCCAGUGAUGAAAGUACAAUCCAUAGUGAAGAAGAAGAAAUCAACGACAUAAAAGAGAAACAAAAUAAACUUCAAGAAACUAUGAAUGACAUAUUAAAAGAAAUUCUUAGUAAUGGUGCAAAACAACAUAAUUUAAAACCCUAUCUUAACAUCAUUUUUCAUAAUAUACGAGGUAUCAACUCACCAGGCAAACAAAUGAUAUGGAAGGAAUAUAUUAAAGAAAACCAAUUUGAUAUAAUCGGAAUUACAGAAACCAAAAUUACUACAAACAAAGAAAAACAUACUUUUUUCAAAGAUGAUACAUACAUUACAUAUUGGAGUUCCAAUGAUGAACCCAAAGGAGGAGUUGGAAUCAUGAUACAUAGAUGGUUACAACCAUACAUUUCCAAAAAAUUCAAAUACAAAGGUAAUAUAAUAGGAGUAGAAUUAAAUUUCAACAAACAUUCCAAAUACAACAUCUACGUCACCUACAUACCAAAUCAAGGACUACCAGAAAGGAGAGAUGUUGAGAAUAAAUUAAUAGACAUAGUUAAAAAAGAUGCAGCAACCUCCUCAGCAACAAUAAUCGGAGGAGAUUAUAAUGCAGUCCCUAACCCACAAAUAGACAGAUUUCCAAUUUCUAAUAUUUCAAGACCAGAAUCCAAAAUAUUUACAGAACUACAGAGUAAAGGCUGGAAUGAUAUAGCUAGAACAAUUUAUCCCCAGAAAGAGAUAUAUACAAGAAAGGAGGGGGGGAGCAAAAGCAGAAUAGACCAAAUAUGGACAAAUUCAAAAAUCAGUCCUCAUAUCACAAAUUAUAAACAAGAAAACGCAACACUUAUUACAAAUAGUGAUCAUGAUAUAAUAAAAAUAUUGAUCACCAAUCCAAAACAAACAACACACAAUAAUAACCCUAAGAAUGAGAAGUCUCACCAAAGAAUAGUGUUUAACAUAAAAGACACAUCAACAAAGCAAUGGGAGGAAUAUCAAAAAAAACUAGACAAAAUAAUAGACCAAAAUACAGUUUAUUUAGAAGAUCAAAGAAACAACACAGUAGACAAUUUAUGGACCUUUAUAAAAGAGAACAUUAAUAAUACAGCAAAAAGUACAAUACCAUGGAAGAAAACAAGAAUAAACAAAAUGUAUGAAUCAAAAAUCUUCAAAAGUACGUGCAUAAUAUACAAGGACAUGAAAAAAAUUAAAAAAGCAAUCAAAAUGGUUAAAUCAUAUAUCAAAACAAAUGGUGAAAUAGAAAUUGACAUCCAACACAUUGAAAGUAUAAUACAAGAAAUAAACAAUAAUGGAACAAUACAAAUUACAUUAAUCACAAAAAACAUAGUUGAGGAUAUCUCUAGAUUAGAAGGAUGGUUAUCAGAAAUUAAACAUAAGGGAAAAGAAUUAUUUAGAGCAUUAUGCAUCAAAGAACAAAUCAAACAGAAUCAAUUAAUAAAAGAGGCAAUUGAAACUCGAUGCAACAAUAUAGAUGAUAACCCAUCUAGGAUGAUAAGCAGUAUCUUAGACAGACACAAGAAACCUCUAAUUAUCAACAAAAUAAUAGAAAGAGGAGAAAAUGAUGAACCAGUAAUAUACACAGAAACAGAAGAAAUAAUGAAUAAAACUCGUAAAUAUUUCAGAAAUAUGUCAGUACAAAGGCAAUGGGAUAGAGUGGAGCAUAUAAGACAGUGGAGCGAACAAUACACACCCAGAAAUUACAUAAAUGAAGAUUGGUAUGAGGACCUUAUGACAAAUAUCUCAGAAGCAGAAUUACAAAUAGCUAUAUCUGAGUGUGCUAACAACAAAGCAGCAGGCCCAUCAGGCAUAACAUACGAAUUAAUCAAACAUACUUCCCAAAAAUUUAGGAAUUUAAUUAGGAAACUCCUAAACAAAUGCAUCAUUACACAAAAAAUACCCAAAGAAUGGAAAAACACAUUUAUAUUCCCAAUACCUAAAAAAGAAGCUUGGGAUGGUAAUUUAGCAAACACCAGACCAAUAACAUUGAUAGAAACCACAAAAAAACUUCUAUCAAAAAUAUUAACUAAUAGGCUAUCCACAAUAUUCUCCACACACAAUAUAUUAAGAGGGAGUAAUUUUGCUGCAUUGCCAGGAAACUGCACACACACACCUCUGCAUAUCCUAAAUAAUCUGAUAGAAGAUGCUAAAGAGAAAAAUAAAGAACUCUGGGUUUUGUUUGUGGAUAUAUCUAAAGCCUAUGACUCCAUGAACAUACAAAUUUUGGAAAAGGCAAUGAACAGAAUAAGAUUACCCAAAGAAUUCAUCAACCUUGUGGUCAAUUCCCUAAAUAACAGGUCAAGUCAAGUAAUCACAUCUGUUGGAGUUACAAAUAAGUUUAAUAUAGAAGAUGGAAUUGAGCAGGGGGAAGUGUGGUCCCCUAUUCUCUGGAGAAUUUUCUAUGAUCCCCUUCUGUGCAAAUUAGACAAACACCCUGAAUUAGGUUACAACAUGUAUACAAAAAAUUUAAGAAAACUCAACGUUAUGCAACCCACUCCAUUAUCAGUAUCAAUAAGCAAUCUAGCUUACAUGGAUGAUACUGCCCUCAUAGCCAACAAUCAAGAAGCUAUGAUAUCAUUAUAUCAAAUAACAAAAUCCUUCUACAAAGCCACUGAUAUAAAAGAUAAUCUAAAAAAGUACCAAAUGGUCAUUCUAAAUUCUAAGAAUAAAACUAUAACUUUACAAAACAAUCAAAUAGUUAAAGCUGCUGGAAUGAACGAAUCAGUGAAAUAUCUAGGGAUAUUGAUAAAUGGCAAUGGCACCUACAAAGAUCAAAAGAGAAAUAUAUUUGAAUUUAUGGAAAAUGCAGCCAACAUCAUGAGCAAAAAAAAAAUAACAGAUAUACAAAUCAUAUACAUUUAUAAUAGAGUGUUACUUCCAGCUGUCGAAUACAAAUGGCAAACUGUAACCAUGACAGAGACAGAAUGCAGGAAAUUAUUAACCACUCUUAUAAAGAUCAUCAAGCAAAAAUCAUACCUGGCGAAGACCUUACCAACUACUACACUAACUAAUCCUCAUUUAUAUGAUGUGAAAGACAUAUGGGGACUACAAGCACAACAUCACAUCCCUAAUCUAAUAUACAGACUGAAUAACAAAGGAAUCUUAGGUGUAACCACAAAAAUAAGAUUGACUGAUCUCCAACAAGAGAUGUGGGAAAAUAAAUGUAUUUUACAAACCCUACCAAUAGAGGAAAAAAGUUUGAUGAAAGCAAAUAACAUAAUAUACAACAUAAUGGUAAUAGCCAAGAAAUGGGGGCUUAGAAUUUGUAACCAUCUUCCAGAAGACAAAAAACAUGAAUUCAUUGGGGGUGACAUAACCAUUAAAGAUAUAUUAACAGACAACAAGUUAUUUAAAAAGAGUACAAAACUUCUGAGGAAAUUAAAUCUAAUGUUUUUGAAUCAGCUUGUAACAAUAGAUGGUAAGCAUUUAUUGAGAUGGGACCACUGGUUGGCCAGAAAUAAAACUCAAUCAACUAGGAAAAAACCAAGUUGGUAUGGAAAAAUUGAACAAGUAGUAAUAGAGAAUCCAAUCACUAGAGUCUUACAUGAGAGAUACAUAAUUAAUGAUCCAAAUCUUACGUACCAAAGCAACAGCAAUAAUAAAAAUUCCUUAAUAAUUGCAAAACAUAAAGACAAUAUAAUAUAUGGUAAAUAUCACAGUAACAGUAAUAACAGUAACAAAAACCAAAUAAACAAUGGGGAAAUUAAUUUAAUACAUUACCAAACAUCCUGCCAAAUAUCACCCACCACAUCCCCAACAAUGGCAGACUGGGAAUCACCUCACAUGCUUAAAUGUGCAGGAUGCAAAGGCAAUAGUAACAAUAAUCAAGAAUGCAUAAUUAGGAUUAGAAGCAAGGAAUCAAUAAAAAUUCCUUACAGCAAGGGCAGGGAUGGGGAUUUAAAGCUCAGAAUCACUACAGGAGAACUGGGAAAAAUAAACCCUAUCAGUAAUAACUCACAAAUGUAUGACAACAAUAACAACACAAUAAAUGGUAGUGAAGAACAUGGAUCAGUCAAGAAAAUAGGCCACGCAGAAUGUAAAAUGGGAAUUGGGUGGAUAGUUACAUCUGGUCCAGCUAAAGACAGUACCUUUAAAGCUAACAUAAAUAAAUGGCCAGCACCAUUCAAGGCAGAAUUAUUAGCCAUAUUCACAGCUGCUCUCACUAGUUUAGAAAUUAAUUUCAAUAAAGUCAAAGCCCAUACAGGAAUUAAACAUAAUGAAGUAGCUGAUCAAUUGGCAAGCGAAGGGUGCAACUCAGAAAUCAUAAACAUGAUAGAACAAAAUUGGAAAAUAGAUGAAUUUAACCUUUACUGGAACCAACAUCUAGUUCAAACAUCAUUAAGGCCAUUCAUCAGAAAGUUAGUAGAAACCAAAAACAUAAUAAAAUGGUUCAACCAAACAAGAUUCAAUAGAACCUGGCACACAAAUAAACCAGGGUCAAUAGAUUGGGAAAACACAUGGCACAAUAUAUUUAAUAGCAAAAAAUUUACAAAAAGUAAUAGAAUUUUUAAUUCAGUAUAUGACAGAAGCUACAAAAUCAAAUUAUUAAUGAACGAACUUCCAGUGCUUGAAACACUACACAAGAGAAAUCCAAAACUAUACACAAACAGUAUGUGCCCUAGGUGCCUAAAAAGCAAAGAAGACCAAAUACACAUUUGGACUUGUAGUGCAAACAAAACUUCUGUGAUGGAGAUAAGUUGUUCGGAGAUACAUUUGAUGUUAAAAAAACUUGAAAAAAAAGGAAAACGCAGUAACAAUAAUAAAGAAACAAUAAACUAUCAAGCCCUCAAAACAAGAUUAUUAAAUCUGCCAUAUUUUAAUCAUAACAAUGAAGCAUGUACGCUUGUGCUGCUGAGAGGAUUUAUACCAA